AUGGACCUCACCUACCGCUCUGACGAGCCUUCUGUAGUCCCCUCACCUCUACCCCAAUCAGUCGGAUAUGGCGUCGUAGUAGCUGCUGGUCUGGCAUUUGCCUUUGGCAUGAUGGGCUUGACCGCGGUCCUGAAAAAGACCUUGAAUGAAGAUAAUUCCAAAGUGGAAACCUUCAUGGUUGCCAACAGAACAGUACGAACAGGUCUAGUCGCAUCGGCUGUCGUUUCGUCAUGGCUAUGGAGCACCGCCCUAUUGAGUUGCGUCCUAGUCACUUACAGCUACGGCAUCAGCGGCGCAUUCUGGUAUGGCGCCGGGUGCUCAACUGUCAUCGUCUUCUUCGGGUACUUAGGAACUGUUUGCAAGGGACGUGUCCCUGAAGCACAUACUAUUCUCGAGGUCAUUCGCAUCAGAUAUGGGACCGUCGCGCAUUUGAGCUUCACAUUCCUGGCCAUCGUGAACAAUUUGCUUAAUACGAUCAACAUGAUUCUGGGUGCAUCGGCGGCCAUCUCCUUUUUAACCGGGAUGCAUAUCAUGGCAUCGACCUUCUUACUUCCCCUAGGUGUUGUCCUCUACACGCUCGUUGGCGGCAUCAAAGCAACUUUCCUCACCGACUACAUUCACACCUUUGCCAUUCUUAUUCUAAGCUGUUGGUUAACAGCCAAGGUCAUAACGUCAGAAUCUGUCGGCUCAAUCGGACGUCUUUACGAUCUCGUCGUCGCCGCUCAGUCAAACCAUGUUGUUGAAGGCAACUAUGAAGGUUCGUUACUCACCAUGACAUCCCAACAGGGUAUAUACUUCGCCAUCAUCCUUCUCACCUCCAAUUUCGGCGCGGUUGUUAUGGAUACGGGGUAUUUCCUCAAGGCCUUCGCAGCGUCGCCGAGCGCCGUUGUCCCAGGCUAUGUCUUGGGCGGGAUCUCUUACUUCAGCAUCCCGUGGUCGCUUGGUACUAUCGUGGGAAUGGCGUCGCUGGGGCUUGAGGCGCUUCCUAUCUUCCCUACAUACCCGAGACUCAUGACUGGCGCCGAAGUCACAAACGGCCUCGCCUUACCUUAUGUGGCCGUCGCUGUCGCAGGCAAGGGGGGUGCCGUUGCCGUUCUGCUAAUGACUUUCAUGGCUGUCACCUCAACUUUGUCAGCACAAAUUCUUGCCGUUUCUUCAAUCCUGACGUUCGACAUAUACCGCGUAUACUUCAAUCAGGAAGCUUCCAACGAGCAGGUGAUUCGAUGGGGACACAUUGGCGUUGUAUUCUUUGGAGUCGUUGCUGCGGCUUUCACUGCAAUGUUCCAUUACAUCGGAGUGGAUAUGGGCUGGACACUCUACAUGCUCGGAAUUCUAACGUGUCCCGGCGUAAUUCCGCUCAUCUUCACCAUAAUUUGGCGCAAACAGACUAAGCUCGCCGCUAUUAGCUCCGCAUUCCUAGGAAUGGCAACGGGCCUCGGCGUCUGGCUCGGCUCCGCAUACGCCUUUUCCGGAGAAGUAACGGUCGCGUCUACUGGAGGGACCCUACCCUGUAUGUACGGCACCGUUGCGUCUUUAUUCAGCCCAUUACUCUACAGCGUGGUUGUUACGUAUGUACGACCUGAUAAUUAUGACUGGAGCCGUUUCAAGGAACAGAGGCUAGCUGUUGAGUCGGAUGAGAGCUCUAGUGGAUCAGAUACUCCUCAAGGUAAAGGACCGGAACAGGUCACAACAACUGAGAUGGCAUCAAAUAAAACCUUUGACGACAAUGAUCAAGUUAGGUGGACUAAAUAUGCUCUCUGGUGGGCUAUUGUUACGUUUCUUGGUCACUGGGUACUGUGGCCAUUGCCAAUGUACGCAGCGAAAUUCAUCUUUAGCAAAGAGUUAUUUACCGCAUGGAUUGCCGUGUCUCUGAUAUGGCUCUGGUGGACUCUCAUCAUGGUCGGUUUCUACCCGAUCUGGAACGGGCGUGGUCAGAUAGCCGCUGUUACACGAAGCAUUUGGAAGUCUCAGUCAUGA